AUGGAAAAGGAAUUAAUUAAAAAAUGGCUUAUUUGUAAAAACGAAGCUAAUUGUACGUUUGACGAAAAUUUUCUAUACGAAAACAACACAUUGCUGAAAGUGAACACAUCUUUCUUGUCGAAAUUAGAUAUUUGGCAAGAUUUCAUUGUAGCAAUAUUUCUCCUUACUGUUGGUGUUGCAUCUACAGUACUAAAUGGUCUGGUUGUGUAUGUAUGUAUUCGAAAAGUAAAAACAUUAGUUUCCUGUGAUGUUUACAUAUUGAAUCUCGCAAUCAUCGAUAUGAUCAUGCCAGUUUUUGGUUUUCCAUUGACAAUAUAUUCAUCUUUAAAUCACCAAUGGAUGUUCGACAAAGUUUUUUGUGCCGCAUAUGGCUUCAUUUGUUUUUUCUGUGGAGUUGUUAGCAUAGCAACCCUGGCUGUUAUUAGCUAUGCACGAUACAUCAAAGUGUGUGGAGUUAAACGUGGUGAUUCAAUCCUUCUGCACACGAAAGCUUCACUUAUUUGUAUAUAUUGCUAUGCUGGUUUUUGGGCUCUUCUACCAUUAUUUGGCGUCGGCGCAUAUGGACCUGAACCUUAUGGAACGUCAUGUACACUUGCAUGGCAAGGUUAUCCAAUAUUUGUUACAUUUUUCUUAAUAGGCUGUGUACUUUUACCUGUUGUCAUAAUGAAUUUAUCAUACGGGAAGAUAAUAUGGACAACAAAAAAGGCUCGACGGAAAGCAAGUGUCGGAACUAGAAAAUCUGGACCCACUUUGAAGAAGAGAGAUGCAUUUUUUAUUAAGAUGACAUUUUCAAUGUGUGUUGGAUUUGUUGGACUUUGGUGUCCAUAUGCAGUGGUCAGUCUAUGGACAGCGUACGGUUGUGAAGGAGAAGUGCCUGUAAGAUUGACUUUAGUUGCAGUGUUGUUUGCAAAACUAUCAACUAUUAUUAAUCCAAUUCUGUAUGUUAUGUUGAACAAAAAGUUUCGUCCAUUUCUUAAAAAAAUGUUUUUGUAA